CGCCUCCCCGCUCCGCCUUGUCGUGGGGACGCCCGCCCGCUCGCUCUCAGGCCCGCCUUCAGGGUGUUACCGGCUUUUGGCUCCGCCCCUCGCGUAAUUGAACUUCCGCUCGGGGAAAGGCCGCUUCCGUUCCCGCUGGCGCGCUGUCUCGCACUAUGGCCGCGCCGCAGCCACUGCGUGUGUUGUGCUUGGCGGGUUUCCGGCAGAGCGAGCGGGGCUUCCGCGAGAAGACGGGAGCGCUGAGGAAGGCGCUGCGGGGCCGCGCCGAGCUCGUGUGCCUCAGCGGCCCGCACCCGGUGGUGGACACAGCGGGCGCCGGGCCGGAGUCCGGGUCCUGCCCUCCAGAGGAGCAGCCUCGAGGCUGGUGGUUUUCAGAACAGGAGGCAGACGUUUUCUCCGCACUGGAAGAGCCUACAGUGUGCAGAGGUCUGGAAGAAGCCCUGGGAACGGUGGCACAGGCACUGAACAAGCUGGGGCCUUUUGAUGGGCUCCUUGGUUUCAGCCAGGGGGCUGCGCUGGCAGCCCUUGUGUGUGCCCUUGGCCAAGCAGGCGACCCCCGUUUCCCCUUGCCGAGGUUUAUCAUCUUGGUAUCUGGGUUCUGUCCUCGGGGCCUUGGCCUCCAGGAAUCCAUCCUGCAGGGGCCCUUGUCGCUGCCUUCACUCCAUGUUUUUGGGGACACUGACCGUGUCAUCCCCUCUCAGGAGAGUAUGCAACUAGCUAGCAGAUUCACUGGAUCCAUCACUCUCACCCACUCUGGUGGCCACUUCAUUCCAGCAGCUGCACCACAGCGCCAGGCCUACCUCAAGUUCUUGGACCAGUUUGUGAAAGAUCAAAUGAAAGAGUGAAAGAUCAAAUGCCUGGGUCCCUGUAUCAUCCUCACCCCUGUGGGGACACUGACUUUGGGGCAGCCUCUACGAUCCGAUCCUUGCUCUUCCCUUGCCCCUCCCCUGGGACCUCCACUGUUGUUUUUACUCCUCACCAUCACCAAUUAAGACAAAUAUC